GUUGUCAACUAGUCCUAGAGCUUCAAAAGCCCGCAAGGACUUCGCCCGGACCGCGUCCGACCUGCAAAGAAUACCCUGAGUCCAUACGAUAUCCACGAACACGGACGCCCCAUCAGGCGAUCGACUGCCUGUAUAUGAAAUGACCGCGCUAGAGAACCACCGUGCCCAGCUUCCAGCACUAUAAGAAGCAGCAUGAGGCAGGAGGACAAGCCCCACAGGUAGAUUAUCGAUCACUGACACGUACACAACCGAUUUGGGAGCGGCUUUUGACCGCGCCCGACGACUUCCUCGACUCCGCUGCCGAAUGCACCCAAACUCCCGUCCACAAUCAUGUCCGACCCUGCGCUGAUUCCUGCGAGCUUCUCGCUGCCUAAGGAGGCGAUUCUUCACGGAGAGUCGAUCGUUGCUGUUCCAUCUACAGAGGAGAAACCUGGUCCAUCCGAUAUCGAGCCAGAGCUCGAGUGGACGUAUCCUGAUGGCGGUUUGCGUGCUUGGCUUGUCGUUUUCGGGUGCUCGAUCAUGGCUGGGACGUCUCUGGGAUGGGGUCUUGUGUGGGGAGUGCUGCAGGACUUCUUCCAUUCGGACAAGUUCAAAGAUUCAAGCUUGGGCACAUUGAGUCUUGUUGGUGGCAUAUUCGCCUUCUGCAUGAACUGCUCUGCGUACUUUUUCGGAGGCGUCGGAGAGCGACAUGGCUACAAGGCAUGAUCUAGUCGCUCCUGUCGCCGCUAGGGAUGCUAAGCCAUCUGAAGCGCAUGAUGGCUCUGAGCUGCUUUCUCGGGUAUCUAUCUCUGCUGGCAUCAGCGUUUCCGACUCAGCUGUACCACAUCUUCCUCUUCCAAGGGGUCUUCAUGGGGCUUGCGUCUGGGAUAUCCCUGCCCCUUUACAUGGCGCUGCCUUCACAAUGGUUCCUCCGCAAACGGGGGCUCGCGACGGGCAUCGCUGUCGCUGGGUCUGGUAUCGGAAGCGGCGUGGGUUCUCUUCUGAUUCGUCCACUGUUGUUGCAUCUUGGGUACAAGAAGACGAUGCUUGUUUACAGCGCCGCAUACGCCGGGAUCUGGGCAUGUGCGUGGCUCAUGAUGGCUGAACGGCGGGCACCGGGGUACAAGGAGAUUCAAAAGCACUGGCUGCCGAAGACGCGUGGGCCCGUCUUCUACUGCAUUGCGCUGAGCGUUUUCACGAGUGUCUUCGGGUUCUUGAGUCCCUGCUGGUUCAUCACGACUUACGUCAAGGAGCAGGUGCCGUCGCUUGAUCCACAGUCCCUGCUCGUAGUCGUUCCUCUGGCGGUCAUGAACGUGUCCGGCGGGAUCGGUCGUAUCCUGGCCGGCCGCCUGGCUGACCGCUUCGGGCCCCUCAACGUGUUCUUCGCGACGUUCCUGCUCGGCGGGCUCGCGCAGCUGCUGCUGUGGACGCUUGCGCGCUCCUACGCGUCGGUUGUCGCCUUCAGUGCGGUGUACGGACUCGUCGGGUGCUGGUACGUCAGCCUCAUCCCGGUCGUAUGCGCUCAGCUGUUUGGAUUGAAUGAUCUGGCGACGGUGACUGGUUUCAUGACCCUUGCUACCUCGCCUGGUCAAUUGGCCGGUGCAUCGAUCGGGGGCGCUGUCCUCGCGGGUUCCGGUGGGGAUUGGAGAGCGGUGUCGGUCUACUCCGGAUGUGCCAUGUUGUUGGGAUCUUGUUUCGUUCUGUGCGCGCGAUUCUCUUAUGAUCGUCGAGUCUGGGCUAAAGUGUAGAUCUAAGUACACCGAGGAGUUUCAACUGUUUAUUUGACCUGAAACCUCUGUUUGCGAGGCAGAACCGAAGCCUUCGCCUCUCGAUCGGCCAGGGAAAAGUCAUGCCGUACCCUGGGACUCACGAGGCGGAUGUAAACCCGUCUGUGACAUCUCAGAUCGAAAAGAAGACAGUAAUAUCGCGUUCCGACGUAAACGCGGCAACAUGAGAAGGACAUCGCGCAUUGCCCCCGUUGAUUCUUCCUUCUACAUCUCCUCAUUUGUACCCCGAAACAAAAACGCGUUCCAUAUCGCGUCUGUCGGAUCCAUGAUGGCAAAAUCCGUGGAUGGAGUUUCAGCGCGCAGCGGAACACCGCUGUCACACAAGUAGCAGUUGAACAUUUCUUUUGGCGAGGGGCUUCUUAUUGAAAUGCGAAAUUGAAUGGGGCCCCGAGCUCACGUGGUCACGCGCUGAAGAGAUCAGAUUACCGGGCCGUCUUCCGAUCGGCUUGGUCUUGUCACUUAUCGCCCACAAGAACACCACUCCUUCGCGUCGAUUCCAGCAGUUUCCUCGCUGUAGAGACCAGACAAGUUCCGACUUGCGCUAGUAUGCCGUGUUUCGCCUCCUGGCUAAGCUACGCGUGACUUGGCCGCGGGCCAAGCGCAGGCGACCUACACGACCCCGCUUCGCGCACCAGUUGAUUCAGCCGCAUUCUCAGGGAUGGAACAUGCCGGACCGGCGCCCUGCACACACGGAAUAUCGUUUAUCCCCCCACAUCUUAAACGUAACGAGGGCACGUAACGACUGACCAUAAACCACCCUCAACUAUUGAGCUCUUGAAUGCAACCCAGCGACGCCCACCAUGUCCAGCCCUUCGUCCAUUCCUGCAGGUUCAAUUCUGCCAGCUGAGGCGCUGCUGCAAGGCGAGGCCGUCACCGUCGUCGCCCCGGCUGCGGACCGAAAGGCAGCCCAGCUGAACGAGAAGGCCAGCGUCGCCGAUGAGGAGGAGUGGACGUACCCCGAUGGAGGCCUGCGCGCUUGGCUCGUCGUUUUUGGAUGCGCGCUCAUGACCGCGACGUGCAUGGGAUGGGGUCUUGUUUGGGGUGUGCUGCAGGACUUUUACCACUCGGACCAGUACAAAGAUGCGAGUUUGAGUACGCUGAGUCUUGUGGGCGGCCUCUUUUCAUUUUCGAUGAACUCCACGGCGUACUUCUUCGGAGGCAUUGGAGAGCGAUACGGCUUCAAGCGCAUGAUCGCCCUGAGCUCUCUGCUGUCCUAUCUGUGUCUUUUGGCGUCUGCGUUCGCGACGAAGCUGUACCAGGUCUUCCUCUUCCAGGGCUGCCUGCUCGGCAUCUCGGGCGGGAUCUCGAUGCCGCUGUACAUGGCGCUGCCCGCGCAGUGGUUCCAGCGCAGACGGGGACUGGCGACUGGCAUCGCGGUGUCCGGCUCCAGCCUCGGCGGGGCCGCAGGCUCGCUCGUGAUCCGCCCGCUGCUGUCCAAUCUGGGGUAUAAAAAGACGAUGCUCGUGUACAGUGCGAUCUACGCCGUGAUCUGGAUCUGUGCGUGGUUCAUGAUGGCCGAGCGACGCGCACCGGGGUACGAGAAGAUCCAAAAGCACUGGCUGCCGACGACGCGCGGACCCGCCUUCUAUUGCGUCGCGUUGACCGUCUUUACGGGCAUCUUCGGCUUCCAGGGCCCGUACUACCUGAUUACGACCUAUGUGAAAGUGAAAGUGCCGUCCCUGGACCCGAACUCGCUGCUGGUGGUCGUGCCACUCGUCAUUAUGAACAUCGGCGGCGGAAUCGGUCGCAUCAUGGCCGGUCGUCUGGCCGACGCCUUCGGGACCCUGAACAUGUUCUUCACGACGUUCCUGCUCGGCGGCCUCGCGCAGCUGCUGAUCUGGAUGUUCGCAGACACGUUCGGGUCGAUCAUUGCGUUCAGCCUUGUCUACGGUCUCGUCGGGUGCUGGUUCAUCAGUCUGCUGCCCGUCGUGUGCGCGCAGCUGUUUGGCCUGAACGACCUCGCCACCAUCACCGGUUUCAUGAUUCUCGCCAACUCGCCCGGCCAACUUGCGGGCGCAUCGAUUGGUGGCGCUGUGCUUUCGCGCUCUGGCAACAAUUGGCAGGCGGUGGCUGCGUAUUCGGGGUGUGCGAUGUUGUUGGGGUCGUGCUUCGCGUUAUCUGCGCGACUCUCGCACGAGCGUCGGAUCUUUGUCAAGGUGUAGAUAGACAAUGCACGCACAGUGCAUACUGGCUUGUGUUUAGACGAUAUGAACGAUUUUGAUGAAUAACAACUCACCUCUCUUGACCUUUUGCGUCUGGUGACCAGAGUCGGA